CCGACAGCGCGACAGCUCCCCUGACUGACAGCUCUCGACUCAGGCGAGGGCAGCCCGAUCCUCUUGGCCGGCUCGAGAGAAAGAAGGCGUCCCGUGGCAGAGACAGCUCUGAAGGAGACCGAGGCACAGGAGAAGGACAGACCGAACAAUGGACGGCAGAAAUCUCUUCAUCGCGGCUGCCAUCGCUCUGGUGCUGCUCACUGGAUUGGUGAGCAGUCAAGCUACCAAGGAGACGAUCACAGUCAAAGAUGAGGAAGACAAAAUUGUCUUCACCUGUGAAGGAGGGAAAUGGAUUGAUGCUUCUGACAAUGAACGUCUGGAACUGGAGUACCAGAAUAAAAAGACUGGUUAUUACACAUGCGAUUCUGAAAAUAACGCAACACUUUACGUGAAAUUCCGGACCUGUGACAACUGUAUCCAAGCGGAUGCCAGCACUAUAGCAGGGAUUGUGGUCGGUGAUUUGGUGGCCACACUGCUGAUCGGGGUGGCUGUGUACUGUGUCUCCUCUCAGCCCAAAGGAAGGAGCUACAGCAACAACAAAGCCUCUGACAGGGUGAACCUUCUCCAGGGUGACGGGCUCUACCAGCCUCUGACGGGGAACCAGGACUCGAACUACAGCCAGCUGGAACGGAGGCCUCGCAGGAAGUAGGGGCCCGCCGGGCUGGUUCUCGCACGGACACGGGAGAGCACCCAGCGGUGUUCGCGGCAUUUCGUCACCUUUUUUUUUUUCCCACCAACAACAGACCACACACGCAUCUUAGCAUUCAGAAUUUCGGAUGACCCCUUCCACCGCCGUCCUGACAGCGUGGUCGCCUUCAGGACGCAGCCCAACCCCCCCGAUUUUCCCCACCUCCAAGUCCUCGGAGCCGUGGGCUCGGAGUGGACGUGCCAUCAGUGCCAGCGCAGUCGUGCAAGCGUGCAAACACCAAUGUACAAUGUCGGCCUUCGUGAGGAUGCCCAUUCUGAACUGGGCAGCUUUCUGCUUGUAUAUAUUCACAUAUAUUGCCUUUAUACACGGUAUAUACUGUAGAUCCUGUCACUCCAAAGUAACUAGACAGCAUGAGAUUUUUUUCUAUUAUCAAGAAAAGGGGUGUUUAGAAUAGAGCGCGGAACAGAUGUAAUGAUUUCGGGUAUUUUACUUUGUUUUUGAAUUUCAAAAGGGAACAAACUGCAUGUAACAUUCUGAGGAGGCGGGGGGAGUCAUAAUAUUAAUUAACAACCAUCUGUUGCCAGAGAUAAAGAGGUAGUUUCUUCAGAGUCACUCCCAGUCAGGUGACGGAGGUCAGUUUCUAUGAUUUUAUUGCCAUACCGGUUUCCUUCUCACAGUGUGAUGGAGCCUUUGCAUGGAAAAGAAGCACUUCUGUUGAUCUGUGUCUUUUGUUUAUAAUGACACGUAAAAGAAGAGAAAGUGGAUCUGUUGUUUGAGCUAGAGUUGAACCUUUUUGUCUUAAAUAAAAUGUAAUAUGUGUCUUUAGAUCUG